CUUAAACUCGAAAAUGAAAUCCAAGUCACCAAGAAAACAAGUCAACAACGAACACUAAACUAAAGACUUCGCACUGAUUAAACGGUCCUUUACUCAGCAUCUAUAAAUUUGCCUUCUGUCAACUUGAUGAUCGUUCAAUUUGCACAAUGCCUAGUUUGAAUAUCCCAUUAUGCCUUGUGCUUUUCUUGAUCAGCCAAAGUAAUAGAAUUACAGUAUCAGCUCUUGAUGACUCUUAUUAUUGCCCAAACACAACUACUUACAGUACAAAUUCCUCUUAUCAUUCCAACCUCAUCUUACUACUUUCAACCUUUUCUAACGCCUCAAGCAAAUAUGGUUUUUACAAUUCCUCCACUGGCAGCGGCAGUAAUUCUGAAAGAAUCUAUGGUUUGUUUAUGUGUCGAGCUGAUAUUUCAAGGGGGUAUUGUCAAGAUUGUGUGACUACAGCUGCUAAAAAUAUAAUCCAGUUUUGCCCCGGCAGAAAAACGGCUGUAUUUUGGUCGGACCGGUGCUUAUUACGUUAUACGAAUCGAUCAAUUUUCCCCGAUCCAGAUUAUGGAUCCAUAAUUAACAAACCAGAUAGACCUUAUGUUGUACGUAAUCCUAUUCAGAUUACCUCUGAUGAACAGACUAUGUUCAAACAGAAGCUGGGGGAAUUGAUAGAUGACGUGGCGACUCAGGCUGCUAGUGAUCCUUCGAUAGGCAAGAAAUUCGCCACUAGAGAAGCCAAUUUUACUGUUAACAAAACAAUUUAUGCCUCAGCUCAAUGCAUUCCUGAUCUUUCUUCUUCUGCUUGCCUAAAGUGCCUUAGGAUUGUGAUCAAAGUUUUCCAUAAGUUUCAUGAUGAACCUAUGGGUGCUAGAGUUCAAUUUCCCAGUUGUCUUAUGAGGUAUGAAGAAUACCCCUUCUACAACAGCAAGCCACCUGCUCUGUCCUAUAAUCAAGGGCAUAAUGGAAUUCCAAAACAUGUAGUCCUAAUUUUCUGUGUAGUCGUUGCCAUCGUUCUUUUGUUUCUACUAUCCAGUGGACUCUUUCUUUUGCUACUGAGGAGAAGGAGGAGGAAAAGAAAUAAUACGCUAAAGGAGAUGAAUGUUACAGUUGAUCUUAGUGGGAUUCUAACGGCUGAAUCCUUGCAAUAUGACUUUAGUACAAUUGAAGCUGCCACUAACUGUUUCUCUAUGGAAAACAAAAUUGGUGUUGGUGGAUUUGGUGAUGUAUAUAAGGGUGAGCUUGUAACUGGACAAGAGAUAGCUGUAAAAAGACUAUCAAGAAGGUCAAGCCAAGGUGUAAAUGAAUUUAAGAAUGAGGUUGUACUUGUAGCUAAGCUUCAACACAAAAAUUUAGUGAGACUGCUCGGUUUUUGCUUGGAAGGAGAAGAAAAGAUACUCAUCUAUGAGUUCGUGCCCAACAAAAGCCUCGACUAUUUCUUACUUGAUACGAAGAAGCAAGCGGCUUUGAGUUGGUCAGUACGUGACAAGAUUAUUAGAGGAAUAGUACGAGGAUUAGUUUAUCUUCAUGAAGAUUCUCGUCCUCGAAUCAUACAUCGUGAUCUUAAAGCAAGCAAUAUUUUGUUAGACAAAGACAUGAACUCAAAAAUUUCAGAUUUUGGCAUGGCUAGGAUUUUUGGAGUUGAUCAAACUGAAGGAAGCACUGGCAUAAUUGUUGGCACAUACGGCUACAUGUCUCCAGAAUAUGCGAUGCACGGUCAGUUCUCUGUGAAGUCUGAUGUAUUCAGUUUCGGUGUGCUUCUUCUGGAGAUAAUAAGUGGAAAGAGAAAUAGAUCAUUUUAUCAAGAAGAUAAAUUUGAUGACCUUGUUGCCCAUGCUUGGAAGCUGUGGAAAGAUGGCAAAGCUAUGGAACUCGUAGAUUCAACUCUUAUCGGUGACUCAAAUUUAAGGUCUGAAAUCAUGAGAUGUAUACAUAUUGGGUUGUUAUGUGUUCAAAAUGAUUUGGAUCAAAGACCUACAACUGCUUUGAUAGCUCAUAUUCUCAGUACUGCAUCUGCUACUCUGCCAGAGCCAAAUCAACCAGCAUCUUAUAAGGAUUACACUAGAAUAGAAAAGAUGGAUCAACACACAAGCAAAUCCAUUCGAUCGUCCGUUAUUCAAGAACCAAUUACUGAAGUCUACCCAAGAUAGUAUAGCGAAGAUCAGCGCGUACAGAAACUAGUAUAAUCUUUUAAAAUUCAAAUCGCCAUGAAAUGUUUUUAUAACGAUUUUUUCACUUUCUACAAAGACUAGAAAAAGUCCUAUUUCUUGUGGUGAUAACUAGUGACUCUCAGUUAUUGUAUUAGGAGUCUGUUAAAAGACAUCUUUUGAUUGUGUGUUAA